AUGGAUGUUGAAAAUCCUCCUCCUCCCCCUCCUCUUCCUCCUCCUCAUCCUCAUCCUCAUCCUUCCAACCCUCUCGUUCUCGUCCUUCCUCCUCCUUCUCCUUCUCACAACCCAGGCCCUCUUCUUCCACAUUCUCGUUCUCAUCAGUUAUAUCGUAAUUUACUUAAUCAUGAACUUCAACUUCGAAAAGAAAAAUGCAAAGCUCUGUAUCAUGCUGCCAUAAAUGGGGACUGGAAAACUGCAGAAGGUAUUCUACUUGACAGACCAAAUUACGCUCGUGAUAGCAUUACAACAAGAAAGGACACGGUUCUUCACGUUGCAGCCUUGGGAGGAAACACAUUAUUUGUGAGGAAGCUAGUGGAGAUGCUAAUGUCAAGUGAAGAUUUGGAAGUACAAAAUGACUAUGGAUGUACUCCAUUCUAUAACGCGGUUGUAUCGGGAGUAGUGGAAAACGCUAAGUGUAUGAUAGAAAAGAAUGAUAGUCUACCACGUAUCCGGUCGUACGGUGAGAUCACCCCUAUCCAUCAGGCGGCUUUGCAACGACAUAAGGAUAUGGUUUCUUACCUCCACACUGUCACACCUUUGGAGUACUUGGAGCGCCAUGAACGCAUUGAGCUUCUCAAAAUUACUAUUUAUAACCACAUGCAUGUGCACAAUGGAAUUGAAGAAGAAUGUUUAGCAAAUACACAAGCGGGAGAGUUACUUGACAUUAUUUGGGAAGAGCAUCAUAAGCUACCUGAUUAUGAGUUUAGAGAAGUAAUUACGCGUGAAUAUGAGAUACUUCACUACGCUGCAAAAGAGGGGAAUGUUGAGUUUCUAGACAUGAUUCUUGAGAGUAAGCCUGAUCUGUUUUGUGAGCGCAAUAAAAGCGGGCAGACUAUCCUCCAUGUUGCUGUGUUAUACCGACAACAGAAUGUUGUGAGUUAUAUAUGCAAUAAACAAGGCUAUAAAGAUAUCAUGACUCUCCUCCUUGACGAUAACGGGAACAACGUUUUGCAUUUAGCCGCAAAGGCUGGAAACACAUUAUUGUCUCAGGAUGCAGCUGAUGACCACCUAUUGAUUGAUGAGGAAAUGGAGGCAUUCGCAGUGCCAGAAAACAAGAAACAUAAGGAGGAGAAGAUUAUGCCAGAAUCAGCUCUUCGGUUAUCCACAGCAGCCCUUCAAUAUGAAAGAGAGAUUUCAUGGUUUAUGGGUGUGGAGAAGAUUGUGCCGUCAUCAUAUCACUACAUGAGAAAUAUGGAGGGCAAAACCCCAAAGCAAUUGUUUUUGAAAGAGCACAUGGAAUUAAAGAUAAACGCAGAAAAAUCCAUUAGAGGCACAGCAGAUUCAUGCAUGAUUGUGGCAACCUUAAUCGCCACCGUGGCGUUUUCUGCGGCCUUCACUGCACCAGGUGGUAAUGAUGACAAGACAGGCAUACCCAAAUUUAUAAAACGGACAAGUUUUACAGUUUUCACAAUAUCGGAUGCUGUGGCAAUGAUCUUCUCGAUGUUGUCAAUUCUCACAUUCUUAUCCAUCCUCAUUUGGCGCAACAGGGACGAUAAUUUUCAUGUGGCAUUGCAAAGAUUGUUCCUAGGAUUCGCAGCAAUGGGUGUGUCCAUAUGCGGGAUGCUCUUUGCUUUUACCUCUGCCUUCUUUCUGGUGUAUGACUGGGCAUGGCAGCCAAUUCUCAUUGCCUCAUUUGCGGCUGUGCCAAUUGCUUCCUUCUUGUUCCUAAAUACUAGGCUGUGGAUUGAUGCUAUUGGGUCAAUGUUGCUUAAGUUGCUUCGCUUCUCGAAGCAGCAAAUUAAAAAACCUUAA